UUGUGUGCUCGAGCAGCAAUGUUAGGUAAUGCUGGAGUCAGUCAGUCAGUGUGGAGGAGAGAGGAGCGUCAGUCCUCCAGCUGGACAACGUCAGGAUGUCUGCGGAAAGACUUGAGAAGCAGAAGACCAUAGACCUGAGGAAGAAGCACAUUGGGCCAUCAUGUAAGAUUUUCUUCAGCCAUGACCCCAUCAAGAUUGUGCAAGCCAAAGGCCAGUACAUGUAUGAUGAAAAGGGCCGGCGCUACUUGGAUUGCAUCAACAAUGUGGCUCAUGUGGGCCACUGUCACCCGGAUGUGGUGAAGGCUGGAGCUCAGCAGAUGGAACUGCUCAACACCAACUCGCGAUUCUUGCAUGACAACCUCGUACUGUACGCCCAGAGGCUGCAGGCCACGCUGCCCGACAAGCUGUCUGUGUGCUACUUUGUCAACUCUGGCUCUGAAGCCAACGACCUGGCCCUCCGCCUAGCAUGGCAGUACACAGGCCACAAAGAUAUCAUCACGUUGGAAAAUGCGUAUCAUGGCCACGUCUCAUCGCUCAUUGACAUCAGUCCGUAUAAGUUCCACCACCAGUCAGAUCAUGAGCAGAAUCCAUUUGUCCAUGUGGCUCCCAGCCCAGAUGUGUACAGAGGCAAAUACAGAGCAGACCACCCUGACCCUGCCACAGCAUACUCAGAUGAAGUCAAAGAUAUGAUACACGGAGUCCAUGGAAAAGGAGGCAAGAUUGCCGCUUUUAUUGCUGAGUCAUUGCAGAGUUGUGGCGGGCAGGUCAUUCCCCCCCUGGGCUACUUCCAGCAAGUGGCAAAACAUGUCCGCAAGGCAGGGGGCAUUUUCAUCGCUGAUGAAGUCCAAGUUGGCUUCGGACGUGUUGGCUCCCACUUCUGGGCGUUCCAGCUCCAGGGAGAGGACUUUGUGCCUGACAUCGUCACGAUGGGAAAGCCUAUCGGCAACGGCCACCCCAUGUCAUGUGUGGUCACGACUAAAGAGGUGGCAGAGGCCUUCAUGACAUCUGGAAUGGAGUAUUUCAAUACAUUCGGUGGUAACCCAGUGUCCUGUGCCAUCGGUAUGGCCGUCAUGGACGUGAUUGUGAAAGAGGAUCUGCAGGGUAAUGCGCUGCGUGUGGGCCGAUACCUGACCAAUCUGCUGGAGAAGCAGAAAGAGAAACAUCCACUGGUUGGUGAUAUCAGGGGUCAUGGCCUCUUUGCUGGGUUGGAGCUUGUGAAGGACAGGUUGAAGCUCACUCCUGCUACAGCAGAAGCCCAAGAAGUCAUAUAUAAGCUAAAGGAACAGUACAUCCUUCUUAGUGCCGACGGACCUCAUCGCAAUGUGCUCAAAUUUAAGCCCCCCAUGUGCUUCACUACGGAGGACGCUGACCUGGUGGUGGGGAAAAUCGACCACAUUCUCACAGAACUUGAGGAAGCAUUGGGCUUGAAGUUGCACAACGAAUCUUUAGAGAAUGAAAGCAUUAAAAGGAAGCUGCCAGCUGAUGAAAAUGGACACCAGUGUAACAGUGGGUUAGCACACAACAGAAGGAGCAGUCGAGGAGUUCCUCAACAACCCAAACGCCUCAGGACAUAACGCUGCCUACGAACACAGUCACGGCUGUGACGUGUCAACACUUAAUCUCUUACAUAGUUAAAGAACUGGGAUCAGGCAUUAUAAACUUUAGAGGGGACAAAAUGCUGAGGGGAAAAAAACUAAAGUGCCUUUGUAUGUAACCUAAUGAAAAAUGUUUUUACAUUAAUAAUAAUAAUAAUAAUAUACUAUAUAUCGCUGAAAUUGCAGUCUUCUCAGGUAUUAUUUUUAAAAUUACAGUUAGGAAUCAAGCCACUUGUUCAGCCUGACAUGUCGAUUAUGGUUUUAUUUUGGUGCAAAAAAAAGUCAUUAAUUAUGCGUGUUACCUUGCUGCACAACCUGUAUUCUCUUUGUAUUUUAAUUCCUGCCAACAUUCACUUGACCAUGAUUUUCAGGGAUGUCUAAUCAACCAAAAUGUAUUUUAUCAAAACAUUCAAUGGUGUCUUAAUGGUGACAUUAAAAUAAAGCUUUCAGGGAUGAAAGUGUGGAGUACCUGCAUAGACGAUUA